AUGUCGCCCAGCAGAGAGGUUCUCUUGCCACCACUUCUACCCGUCAAUGCAGAGGAUCAUGGUGCUUGGGUUAUAGUUGUGAGCACCAUCUUACUUAUUAUUACGACACUCGCCACAACGGUGACCUUCAUAUCCCGCAUCCGCGUUUUGCGCAAGCUAUCGUGGAGUGAUACAGUAGUAUUUUUGAGUUGUUCUCUUUUCAUUCCUCAGACCGUGUGCAUCAACGUUGCCAGCUUCCGUGGAAUCGGUAAGCAUCGACACGCGUUGACCAACACCUCCUUUGAGGUCUAUAGCAAAACCAUUUUUGCUAGUCAACUUCUCGCCGUUCUUGUACUCAGUUGCUCCAAAGCUGCUGUCGUCCUUCUUGCAGUUUUGGGCAUGAUUGCUGCCUGGACACUGGCGUCUCUCGUUGCUCUCGGCACACAAUGCAGCCAACCGCGGCCGUGGCUUUCCAGCCCCGAUAGAUGCGUCAACCAAUAUGCGCUAUACACCAGCCUAGGAGCUAUUCAUAUAGUUUUAGAUAUGAGUAUUAUCGCAUUGCCAAUGACUCUCCUUCACCAAGUCCAAAUCAUUCGUUGGAAACGUCAUCAGAUCUCAGCUCUCUUUGCGAUGCGCAUCCUAGUAAUGGCUCUUACGAUUGCUGGCUUGCGAUCUCUCCAUCCAAUGUUCAAGUCAAAACCCUCGGAUCGACCAUGGCACACAGUCAUGCCGGCAAUUUGGCUCCAACUCAUACUCAGCUCGUCAAUUCUAUGCACAUGCAUACCGACGCUUAAACGCGUGCUCGCAGAUCUACAAACAGGUAUGAUGGCGGGUACAGUCUCGGACUUUUUCGAACAAUCCGUCUCGGGUCAUACCAACACGGGGUCCCAGUCGGUGUCGAAAUCUAGUAGUGGUAUUGGGCAGAGAUCUGCAUCACCUUCGAUACCCCACACGCGAUUUCAGAGAAGUUCUUUUGGUGUGGAGCGAAUGGAUAGCCAGACGAUUUUGCGUGACCAUGCUAUCACACAGACUAUUGAUUACGAGGUCCGUUACGAGGGAAACCCAGCGAGGGUUUCGUCCUCCAGUAACUACGAAAGUGAUGCUUUGAGUAUCCACAUGGUGGAUCCAGCAGGCAAGCGUUGA